AAAAAGAAGAAGGUGGGCUUAGCAAGCUAUUCACGGGUUGAUUUGGCCGCAUCUCGUGUAUUUGUUUGGAACGUUGUCUUGUUUUUGCGAUCCGCCUUUUUGGAAACUCUUUGGUCCGAAUUAAGUCUUAGCAUCAAGCUAGCAGGCCGUUGUCAGCCGUGAGCAGAAGCAAAACAUCAGCAUCUUCAUCAAUGGUGUGUCCACAUCCAACAGCCGUCACAUUGUCCUGUGUGUGCUCAAUGAACGGUCUCCUCAGCGCACAUCACAGCUGCUCAUGUAUGGCAGUUGCAAGGCGUGAAAGGGAGUUCUGCCAAGCCCAACACCUGCUGCUCAUUGUGGACAAGUGAACCACCAGAAAGACGAAAGCAAACGUUGCCAUUCACACACGCACGCACGCAUAUACUCACAGAUCUUCCCUGUUGUUGUGUCAAAGCACAUGAAAUUCUGGCGGAACAGCAGAGGCUUUGUUUAUUUGUCACCUCCGCCUUCCCUCUCAUCGGUCGCUUGAUUUGAGUUACUUCUGUGGAUGGAUUGACCUUUGAAGGCUGGCUUGAUCUUUUUUCAUUUGCUCCCAAGUUUCCCAUCUCGCUUAUUCGAAGAUUCUCUCUCCCAUUCGACCUGCGUUCAACAAACCCAUUCGCCACUAAGUGGAAGGAACACUUCUGUGGGUGUCAAAAUGAAUCGACUUGCCCCGGUGGAAAUCUCUUAUGACAAUUUAAGGUUCCUCAUCACGCACAACCCCACCAAUGCACAGCUCGGGAGGUUCAUAGAAGAUCUCAAGGCAUAUGGCGCUAACACCCUGGUAAGAGUGUGCGCUGCGACCUACGACAAGGCACCGGUGGAGCAAGAAGGCAUUCGGGUCCUGGAUAUGCCAUUUGAAGAUGGCUCUUCCCCACCCGAUCAAGUGGUUGACGAUUGGCUGAGUCUUUUGCAGAGCAAGUUUCGAGAUGAGCCCGGCUGCUGCGUGGCUGUGCAUUGCGUGGCUGGACUGGGAAGAGCUCCAGUGCUGGUAGCCAUUGCUCUGAUUGAGUGCGGGAUGGCAUACGAAGAUGCCGUUCACUUCAUAAGACUGAAGCGUCGUGGAGCUUUCAACUCCAAGCAGCUGCUUUUCCUGGAAAACUACAAACCAAAGCUGCGCUUGCGCUCCAAAGAUGCUAACGGACAGAGUUGCGCAAUACAGUAGGAAGCAACAAGCGAUCGUCAGCGUGGCUCAAGCAUGUUUUUAGAUGAUGUUAUUUCUUCAAUAAGUUGAAGAUGUCUGCGAAACAUUUCAUUAAGAUUAUCCUCGGAGCUAUUCCACUUUCUAGAAGACUUCUCAUCUUUGUCGACCAUUUCCGAUGCAAAGCACAAGUAGGACGUCUUCCCCGUGGACACGUUUCCAGCCUUUUCGUGCACUUCUUCCGGGAUCCUCCGCAGCGCCGUCCACAUAGGCUUUUUCAAGUCGUUCACAUCUUCAAAACGAUGCUCUUGAUGACUCCCUGGAGCUAGGGCAAGAGAGAGAGAGAGAGAGAGAAAUAAAUAAAGCGCACAGAGAGGAGUCAAUUCAAUAGGGAGCAGCAGAGAAAUGUUUUUCUCUUCCAGUCAUGUAAUGGUGAAAGUAGCAACAAACAGCUUGCUUUUCAUGGCCCAUGGCUAUGUUGGACUCUUCCACUGUGGUGGCAUUUGGCCUCUAGGUUCUACUCCGAGAUCUCUCUCGCCCACUCUUUGGUCUGAUUACUCUGGAAGUGCAGAGGGGAUUUUAAAGAGUUCAAAAUAACUCGCAACUUAAAUAUAGUAUAGCUAUGAAAUCAAAUAAAGCUUGCCAUCAUCUUUGGUUAGUGUGCAGCAAAGAUUUAUGGCACAGUAAGUCAAGGACACCCCCCCCCCCCUCCCUUGUAUUUCCACUUCUCAUUUAACAUUUUUCUCUUUUUCUUUUCAUUUUUUUUGGUCAAAUAGGAUGAGUUGACCUCUACUGGUGUCCAUAAUGUAGUACAGAUAAUGUUUAGAAAUGAUCUUCCAUUUUCAAAUGUAUGUCAGUUUUAGGCAAUUGUUGCUCUAUAUACAAAUCAAUUGUACCAACUAUUUGUCCCAUGUUACUAUUUGUGUGUAGAAG